CGGACGACCGAUCACGUGGGCUGAUGAGUGAUGGCCACUUGCUGAUAACCCGCUUGAACAUGUGUUUGAAGUGGUUUGAUGUGUGAACUGACGAAGUGACGAUAAGAGUUGAGCAGCGGCUCAUCUAGUAAGGUACGAAACAUGUUGCAAGGGAAUCAGCAUGAAGUCUGAAGAAAAAUCUUUUUUCUCAAUCAUCUCCUAUCCACGCAGCGUUUUUCAUGGGUGCUAAGUUCUCGUGACUAGAUCAGUAUUACCAUCAGCUCCGUGAGCUAUGCGCCACUUUUCAGAAGGAGAAGAAGAAUAGCCUGGUUCUGUAGAAGCAGCACACUUUUGCGAAGAAGCAGAGGUAGCGAUCGAAGGCUUGGAACCAUCAGGAACUCCUCUUGAAACAUGAACAGCAUGCAGCCAGCUACAGUGGCACACCAACAAAGGGUGUACGUCUCUGGAAGCCACGUAAGCUUUGAAGAAGACAAUUUCCACGAGUUCAAGGCACACAGAGACAUGUCAGUUGAGGAUGUUUCACCAACAUGCAAAGAAAAUCAUUCACGCCAAUGUAUAUCCAGGACAAUCUGUGCAUUCCUUAACACAGGACUGGGAGGAACUGUGUACCUAGGCAUCCUUGACAGUGGCAAAGUUACUGGCCUCUACUUGACAGAGUUCCAGAGGGACCACAUUUUGCUGAGCCUUGAGAACCUGCUCACCCGAUACGCUCCACCUGUCCCAAAGCACAUGUGUCAGCUUCGGUUUGUUCGUGUCGUCGGAGAGACAGAGUCCCAGACAUGUAAUAUACAGAGCUACCAAGUGCCUCCAAGGGAAAGAUUGAAACCUCAUGAAAUUCAGUCUUCACGCUACUGUUGGUGCGACAGAGAUGCCUGUGCACAACGCAGUGUGGGAGCAGCCAUGGAACGAUAUGUUGUGGAGAUUGAAGUCUUUCCUUGGGAUGGGGAUGAUCCAAGAAACAAGACUCUUAUUUCUACUAAGAUGCAUCUACAUCCAAUGUUUGAGAACGAGGAAGAUAUUUGCUUUAUAAGACGACAGGGUAGCAAUAUCAGGUGUACCAUGCAAGACGUUAUAGACAUGACAAGGCAGGAAGUCAGGGCCUACUACACUUCUGAGUCGAGGAAAAAAGGGGAUCCCUCUUGAGAAACACCCUAAUUUGCCAGUUCUUCACAAAUGGCACCCACAACACCAGCUGCAUUCUGUGAAAACAACGGUGCAGUUUGGCAACUUGAUGUUAUAUUUUUUAUAAGGAAAGCACCUUUUUCGUAGACUGUCUUCCUACAUGUACACGCAUAUACUAUACUUGUGUCCAAAGCAAGCAUACAUGUUCACCUGUGCAUUAUCCAGAAGGGUGUACAGAAUGCACAAGUCACGCAUUUUUUUAAGUUGGAGUUGGAAGUUUCGGAUUACAUCAGAGGCUGUUGUGUCACGAAAUGGAAUGAGGUACUCAGGUGUGUGGGGAUAUUACAUAUAUAAGGAACAGCUUUGCUGCUGCUAGUCUAGCAAGUGGUACCUAACUGUUCCAAACUGUUUCUGUCUAGGAUGCUCUUUUAUUAAGUAUCUGGUAAUUGCUUGGUUUGUCACUGGCAUCGGUUGAGUGAUAUACUUUUGUUUUUCGUUUCUCUGUAGAUAUUGACAUGUUCUUCAUUUAGAAUUUAAAAUGUGUAUUUAAUAUGCAAAUAUACAUUGAGAACAAAGGAUUUUGUCAAGUUUUGUCUGAAUGAACAGCGAAGGCCUCAUUAUUAUUAUUAUUGUAUCUUAAUCAGGAAUACCCUUGUGAUGAUGCAUGCAUGAAUGAUAUUGCAAUUGCAAUUUUAGAAUCAAGGUGUGCAUGGUCUGAGGCUUUAAACAUCGUCUGAGCCUGCACACUUUGAGUCUAGGUGGAGUGUGUACAGAGUGUACAAGUCAGGCAUUUGUGGAGGGGUUAUUAAACUUAUUCUUUGAUA